AUGAAAAGCUGUGACAAUGGCGCCCCGUCCGGACCCUCCUAUCGUGGUCCAGUCCGGUCUAUUUAUAAAGAGCAGACGCGGUGCAAGAGGAGGAUGCCAGCGGUCCGCCACGAGCACUGCGAGCGGUGUUACGCCGUCCACUGCCAGGCACCACCGCGGGUCUCCGUUGGCUGCAUGGUCAUCCGAUGCCCCAACGACUGCGGCGCCUUCCUGCAUGCUUGCAAGGAAGAUGAGCACCGCCUCCUGUGCCCAAACGAAACGGUGACCUGCCUCAACUCCGACUACGGCUGCCCGAUGAGCAUGCCGCGUCACCGGCGGGCCCCCCACCUGGAGGCCUGUCCCGCCAGCGUGGUCGGUUGCUCACAGGAGUGGAACCGCUGGCCCGUUCCUGACAACGACCUGACUUUCUACAGGAACGUGUCCCAACAAAGCGAGGGCCACCUUGAUGUCGCCUUGGCGCUGAGGGAUCAAGAGCUGCUGUUUAAGUCUAUCAAGAUGAAGAGCAUUUUCCCUGAGUUGACAUUGACGGAUCCUCGGGAAUUAGAUGUUGGGGUCGCAAAUAGAGAUUCAUGUUUAGCCUCUGGUGGAUGUACACAAAAUGACUCCAUGGGGGUAGGGGAAGGGGAACCAAGUGAUGUGGCAAGGGAUGUGCUGAACGUGGAAAGUCUUCAGAACUACAACUCCUGGGACAGAAUAUUUAAGAAGGAGAUGAACGGGUGCGAGCAGACCAGCAAGAAUGUAGCGAAAGAAACGGAGCGCGGAAUGAAAAUUGACCCAACUGGGGAAAGUUCCUCAUGCGGGAACGGGGUAUCUGGGCUGGCGCCAUGGCAGGAAGGUGUCCUGGAGAGGUUAGGUAAGGAGGCCAACAUUAGCGAGUACAACAUGUACCUGGCGCACAACGGAGCCAUGCUCAUCAACUUUGGACAGCUCGCCGCCUGCACCCCGAGAGAAAGGGACUUCGUUUACGGGAGCCUGGAACCCAUCGACGUGAAGUCCGUCCGCUCCUUCAACAUUCCCAGCAGCUAUCGAGCCAAGCGCUGCCACCUGAAGGACCCCAGUCGCAGGAUCAUGGUUGUGCACCAGAGCGUGGACACUGUGGACCUAGGCGUCUCUGCGGAGAACCUCCCGAAGUGCGACGAGGUGGGCGCCGCACUGCUGUGCUGUCUGGAGAAAGAAUUCAAAGGGCAUCUCAUUUCAGAGAGCACCGGCACGGACGGGCUGUACGUCAACGUUGGGACACAAACGUACGACUUUGAUUCUGCGCCGUUCCCAGCUGAGGCGUCGCUCGCCGACGUCGUCGCCGACAAACCGCAGUUUCUGCACGUCUGCACCGAAGUCGAGUCGGUCACUAGGCGACACAACAAGACAAGCUCGGCCUUCAGCUACAGGUGCGGCCUCUUCUUCCGGCGUGACGAAUACCCCUCGCACUUCAGGAAUGUCCACUCCGACAUCCAGGCCGGCCUCUGUGGCUGGUUCUUGCAACGUUGCCCCCUGGCAUACCUUGGCUGCACUUUCACACAGACUAGAUUUCACCCAGACGGUCAACCAGCCAAGGUCAAAUACCACAACGGUGUCGACAAGCUGGUCAUCCGGCCAGACGUCCCCUGGGAGCUCCUUGAGGAUGUCAAAGCCUCACGUCACCCUGACCCUCUGAGCCGACUGCCCCUGGAGAUCCUCCAGCACGUCGCCGGAUACCUGGACACAUUCACCUUGUCACAGUUGUCGCAGGUGUCGCGUGCGAUGAGGGAGGCGUGCGCCACCUUGUUGCAAGCCCGAGGGAUGGUCUCCCUCAAGUGGGAGAAGAAGACGUACUCCCAUGGGGGGAGCUGCUGGAAGAGUCGGAAGAAAGUUUGGGAGUUCAGCUCGCUGUUUUGCCCGGUGGAGCGAUGGCGCUUCAGCGACGCGCCCUCCAUGGCGGACCACCUCCGAACGUGCCCCUUCUACCAGAGAGCGCAGCGCACCGAGCCCGUGGCCUUAAGGGGCCUGCAGGAGGUCAGCAGAGAGGCGAGACAAUAA